UUCAGAUAGUAAAGUGAGACAUCUCGAAGGACAAUGCUAAAGGGGCCUUGGACAAAAAUCGGUGCAAACAUAACAUCGUGAAAGCGGAGCUGACGCGGCCCCGCUCAGAAACAAGCUCUAGCCUCUCGCCAGUCACGGUUGUCACGCCGACGGAGUCACAGAGGGCGAUAAAAAUGGGUUCAGAUCCUGAGUCUCAGAUUCCAGUAAUCAAGUUCUCAACGGGCUCAAAUGACUUGGACCGAGGAACUGAAGGUUGGCACAAGCUGUGCAAGAGGGUUCGAGAGGCUUGUGAAAAUUAUGGAUGUUUUGAAGUAGCGUAUGAUAAGAUACCUACACAAUCAAGAGCCGAAACAUUCUCAGCGAUACGACAACUUUUUGACCUUCCAUUGUAUACAAAACAGAAAAAUGUUAAUCUAUAUCCUACCCUUGGCUACCGUGGGCAGAUUGCUGCAAUUCCCUUGUACGAGAGCCUUGGCAUUGAAGAUGCCUCUAACUUUGAAUCCCUCAAAAGCUUCACGGGGCUAAUGUGGCCUGGUGGUCAUGAUCAGUUCUGCCAAGCUGUUAUUUCUAUACUGAAGUCGCUGGAAGAGCUGAAUCAUAUAAUAGUAAGGGCGAUUCUUGACGGUUAUGGGUUGGGAGAGAAAACAGAGUCAAUUAUUUCAUGUAAGACACUUCUGAGGGUAAUGAGAUACAGAGCUCCUCCAGCUGGGGAAUAUAUGAAAGGGCUCCAACCUCAUACUGAUAAAAUAUGGACCACAAUCCUAUGCGAGGAUGAAGUUUCAGGCCUUGAAGUUGAAACUAAGGAUGGAAAAUGGGUUAAAUUGUCUCCGUCUCCUGGUUCCUUCAUCUUUAUGGUCCCGGAUUGUCUAAUGGCAUGGUGUAAUUGCAGAAUGCGUGCCGUGAAGCAUAGAGUGAUGAUGAGUGGGGAUAAAGACCGUUAUUCUUUCGGAGCUUUUGCAAUUCCAGUGGAUGGUAGCAUCAUCAAGGCACAAAAAGAGCUUGUUGAUGAAGAACAUCCUCAACUUCUUAAAGAGUUUGAAUUCACGGAUUUUUUCAGAUUCCACCUGUCAGAGGAGGGAAGGGCCAUAGACUCAGAUAAGCAAGUGUUCGCAUUUGCUGGAAUUUAGGAACUGUUGAUGGUACGUAGUUUAAGAAUGCAAACUAAAGGUGGUUGGCUUUUUAAAGGGCCUGAGAGCCCAAGUUUGUCAGCCUUCAAUGGUCAUUGUUGAAUAUUGGGGAUGAUCUGGGUGAUGAACUGGUCAUGAGCCAGAUGUUUUCGGUUGAGGUUCGUGUAGCAAGUUUUUGUUUUUGGUUUCUGAAUACUGUGGGAGCAUCAAGCUGCAUGCAUGCAGAUUAUUUGGCAACGAAGACCAUUAAUGUACUAAUUUACAGAAAAUCAUACUCACUCAGGAACUUAAUCA